UUCCCCUGGCCAAGGCCUCCGACAUCAGCCUUGAUAACCUGGUGGAGGGGAAAAGGAGGCGCAGAGGAGCCCCCGAGGGUCAGAACACUCCCAACCGCAGCUCUUCCAGCAGCCCCCGAACCCCUGGCCCGUCUGGCAAGAGGAAGCUGAUGACCUCCGAGGAUGACAGGACACCGGCAAAGAGAGGCCGCAAGGGCCCGGGGGCCAGAGCCGCUCAGCGUGUCGGUGUGUGCAACACCUCUGGCAGCGGCACAGAUCUCCCCGGUCAGCCUUGUGAUGUGGCAGACACUCACGGUCCGCUGCCCCAGAACGCGUCUCUCUUUAUGGGCUUCGCCUUUAUGCUGACUGCCUCGUCUGAGAUCGACCGGCUGACCAACAGGUCCAUCAGUGAUGAUGAGGAGGAAUACGUGCAGACAGGUCCCUUUAACAAAGUAUAUACAGAGUCUCAGCUGCAGGCAGGUGGAGGCUUCAUCCUGCCAGACUUCAAUGAAGAACAGUGUAAGGCAGCUUACCAGAGCUUGCUCAUUGCAGACCAGCACUGUCGUACAAGGAAGUACUUGCUGUGUUUGGCCAGCGGUGUGCCGUGUGUGUCACACAUCUGGGUGAGAGACUGCUGCAAAGAUAACAAGCUGCUCAACUACAGGAACUACCUGCUGCCUGCUGGCAUGGGGCCAGAUGACACUAUAGUAGAAUGGCAUCCCCGCUGCAGCCCAUUCAAGGCUCUGCGGGUCCUUCUGGUGUUUGAGAAGCCAGUGGAGCUUUGGGCACAGCUGAUCAACAUGGGUGGAGGUUCCUCUGUCCGACAGUUCCAGGCAGACAAGGACAGCUCGGACAUUCCUGCUGGCAAGUAUGAUGUUGUGGUGACAGACCAUGCCUGUCCACCAUUGGUAGAGAAAAAUGUGACAUCACAGGAAGUCCCGUUGGUGUCACCUGAGUGGCUCAUCCAGAGUCUCAUCUGUGGGGAGCGCCUGGGUUUCCACAGCAAGCCUCAGUAUCGCCACGACUACUCCUCCUCAUAAUCUGACUCCACAUGUGCAAAAUGCCUUCAACCAUGUUAAAUGUUCAGCAUUAGUUCUGUUGCAUGCCUCUGCUGUAUAUAACUUUAUCCUGUCUGUUUUUAUGGGAUAAUAAAUUGUGACCUCGUUUCAUUUUAA